UCCCGAAGCUGAUCCUGAGACACUCAGGUGCAGAGUGGAACAGAUGCUGGCAGGGCACUGGCUUGCUGUAGCCAAGGCUGCAGGUUGCUUCAAUUGCAAGCCAUGAAUGAAUCCAGGUGGACUGAAUGGAGGAUCCUGAACCUGAGCAGUGGCCCUGUGAAUGUGUCCGAGCGUCACUCCUGCCCACUUGGAUUUGGCCACUACAGUGCUGUGGACAUUUGCAUCUUUGAGACAGUUGUUAUUGUCUUGCUGACAUUUCUGAUCAUUGCUGGGAACUUAACGGUCAUCUUUGUCUUUCACUGUGCUCCACUUCUACACCAUUAUACCACCAGCUACUUCAUCCAGACGAUGGCAUAUGCUGAUCUUUUCGUUGGAGUUAGCUGCUUGGUUCCUACUCUCUCACUUCUCCACUACUCCACAGGUAUCCACGAGUCAUUGACUUGCCAGGUUUUUGGAUAUAUCAUCUCGGUUUUAAAAAGUGUUUCUAUGGCAUGUCUUGCUUGCAUAAGUGUGGAUCGCUAUCUGGCAAUCACCAAGCCUCUCUCCUACAAUCAACUGGUCACCCCUUGUCGACUGAGAAUUUGCAUCAUUUUAAUCUGGAUCUACUCCUGCAUAAUUUUCUUGCCUUCUUUCUUUGGCUGGGGGAAACCUGGUUACCACGGUGACAUUUUUGAAUGGUGUGCCACCUCUUGGCUCACCAGUGCCUAUUUUACUGGCUUUAUUGUUUGUUUACUUUAUGCUCCUGCUGCCUUUGUUGUCUGCUUCACUUACUUCCACAUUUUCAAAAUUUGCCGGCAGCACACCAAAGAGAUACAUGACCGGAGGGCCCGGUUUCCUAGCCACGAGGUGGAUGCCUCUGGAGAGACAGGACACAGCCCUGACCGUCGCUACGCCAUGGUCCUGUUUCGGAUAACAAGUGUAUUUUACAUGCUGUGGCUCCCCUACAUUAUUUACUUCCUUCUGGAAAGUUCCAGAGUCUUAGACAAUCCAACACUGUCAUUCCUAACAACUUGGCUGGCUAUAAGUAAUAGUUUUUGUAACUGUGUAAUAUACAGCCUUUCCAACAGUGUUUUCCGGCUAGGCCUCCGAAGGCUGUCCGAGACAAUGUGCACAUCUUGCAUGUGUCUGAAGGAGCAGGACACACGAGACCCCAAGCCCAGGAAACGUGCUAAUUCCUGCUCCAUUUGAAGAGAACUGCUUAGUAAAUCAAGUGUAACUGACAGUGGUUUUGGAUCAUAGUCUUGAUUCGUCUGGAAAUUUGCCACUAGAGAAAUAUUUACUUGAAUAGUUGACUAUGAGAUGGAAGGGACUAAAGGUUUCGGGUUUUUUUUUUCUUUUUUCAUGGAGGAAAAAACUAAAGGAAUGGAUGUAUAGAAAGUAAUCUCAUGAAAUAAUUAUAGCAUGUGAGUAUCAGUAUGCAGUAAUAGGAAAUGUUUAGCGCUGAGAAUGACAAAAGUGUUUCAGAUCUGCCACAGGAUGUGAGCAAAGCCCCUUGGUGUCUGUUUCUCUGACCAAACUCUCUCCUCUGUCUUUGUCUCUUAUUCUGUCUCUGUCUCUGUCUCUCUCACUCUCAUUUUGUCUGUGGAAAUUACUUACAUCAAUUACCCUCUAUAGAAAACUGCUACAUAUUAUAUAUGUGGCAAAGUAUAAUCUUUGGCAUCAAAGUGUACUUUUAGACUCACUGAUCUGAAAUCCGUAAGUGGUCUCUCAUGGAUGCAGAGUAAACAUUGUAUGUUAGUACCUGCCACACAACCCUUUUGCUUGUGUUUUUAUAAUUUCUGCAGCACACAUUUUCUGCCGUGAGCAAAAAGAAACAGUAUUUUUAUUUCAUCAGGGUAAAAUGAUGCUCCUCACCCCUCCUUCCUGACAGCCUGCUGUAUUUCCCUCCAUCUGCGUCCUUUGGUACCUUAAUCAAGAAGUGUCUUAGCUAAUGAAAGAUUCUACUAUACAAAGCAAUCAUAAUGUUAAAUAAUUUAUUCCUUCCAACAAAGCAAUCGAUAGCCUGUUUGAGAUGUUGUGUUAAGUAUUUUUAAUGGCUUUUGGAAACAUUUUUUUCUGGUUCCUUUUAAAUUCUUUCACGUUCCCAAAGUGCUGUCCUUUUUGCUAUAGUAAAGCUUUGUUUUCCUUUAAGACAAUCCACAAAUAAUUCUAAUGCGGAUGCAGAGUACUCACCGGAAGUGAGGCAUCUCUCUUAAAGCUACCAGGUGUGUCUU